UAAGUGUUAAAUUACGUAUAUUGUGUUUGAGUUAUUAGUUUUUUUAUAUAUUUUUAAAAAAUAAAAUACAAUGGGCAGAAAAAAAAAGAAGCAAUCUAGACCAUGGUGCUGGUACUGUAAUAGAGAAUUUGAUGAUGAAAAAAUUUUAAUUCAACAUCAAAAAGCUAAACAUUUUAAAUGUCAUAUUUGUCAUAAAAAACUUUACACUGGUCCAGGAUUGAGUAUACAUUGUAUGCAGGUACAUAAAGAAGCAAUUGAUAAAGUACCAAAUUCGCUACCAAAUCGUAGCAAUAUAGAAAUAGAAAUUUAUGGAAUGGAAGGUAUACCACCAAAUGAUGCAAAAGAACAUGAAAGAUUAAGAAAUGGUGGUCGUCCUGGUUCACCAAGUUCUGGUGAAGAUGAACCAGUACAAAAAAAAAUGAAACCUGAAGGUUUAUUAGGUUCAGCACCUGGUGCAAUGUCAACAAGUACUGGUAUGAUGCCAGGUGUUAUGCAAGGAAUGCAAAGACAACAUCAUGGUAUGCCACAAAUGGGACAAUAUCCACCACCUAUGCAUCAUCAUAUGAUGGGACAUAUGGGUCAUAUGGGACAACCAUUUAUGGGACCUGGAAUGAUGCAAGGAAUGCCAGGUAUGCCACCAGUUUCAAAUGCAUCAAUGCCAGGUAGACCAUUAUUUCCAAGUGCAAUUGUAUCAUCAGCAGCAACAUCAAUAUCAAAUAAUUUAUCAAUGCAUGGUUCAAGUAUUACAUCAAUGGCUGGUAGUUCAAUUGGUCCAGUUAAACCAACAUUUCCAGCUUAUGGUAGUAAUGAAAGUACUGUUUCAUCAACAAAUAAUACAACGAAUAAUAAUGAACAAAAAGUUAAUUUAAUUGCAACAACUGGUGCUGCAAGUAAAAUUAUACAUCCACCAGAAGAUCUUAGUCUUGAAGAAAUACGUGCAAGGUUACCAAAAUAUCAAAGACGACAAAAUGAUGAUGCAAAUAGAAGUCAAGAAGUAGCAAAUCAUCAAGCUGCUGUUUUACAACAUCAACAAGCUCAACAGCAAGCCCAACAACAACAACAACAAGCUCAACAACAACAACAACAAGCUCAACAGCAACAUCAACAACAACAACAACAACAACAAGCCCAACAGCAACAUCAACAACAACAAGCCCAACAACAACAACAACAAGCUCAACAACAACAAGCACAACAACAACAACAGCAGCAACAUCAUCAUCAACAACAACAACAAGCAGCAGUUAAUGCUGCAGUAGCAUUCCAGGAUCAACAACAGAGACAACAAGCUGCAUUAUCUGCUUUACAACAACAACAACAAAGAUUUCAGAGACCACCACAAGCUGUAAUGGUAUCAGCAUCUGGUGGUAUGCCUGUAUCAUCAGUUGCAUUAAUGGCACCUUUAAUGAGACCAACAAUGACACUUGCUGCACCUGCUCUUAUUCAUGGAGGUAACAUGAUGCGACCGCCCCCCAUGGGCCUGCCACCAGGGCGCCCAGUCACUCCUCGGUGAGUGUUGAAUGAUCCCAGUCUGGUUACUAAAAACGUGUUUUAUUCUCAAGUGCAACAAGGUUGGUCCUUAGCAAAAUAGCAUGCGGUGACAUUGCCUAUUAUUAUUUAUUUUAUUAUUAUUAUUUAUUUAUUCUCAUUAAUAUUAUCUCAUAUACUGUUAUUUAUUAUUAUUAAAAAUUUCAAAUUAUUAUCAUCACUGUUAUCAUCAUUACAUGUAUAAUAACUAAUAAUCAACAAAAUUAUUUUUUUAAUUUUAUUAAUUUUUCAUUAAUUUUUACUAUAUUUAUUUGCAUUUUUAAAUUGCUAAAAAAUUUUAAAUUUUAUUUAUUUCAAAAUGACGACAAUACGUAAUUAUUUAAAUUAUUUUUUCCUUUUUUUUUUUUAAAUACCGUGUUUAUAAAAUUUAAAAAAUACACACAUUAAUUAAUAAUAAAUAAAAAAAAAAAAAGUUAUUUAAAAAUUGUCACAAAGACUGGACCAAAAUUUUAAAUAAUGAAAAUUUUUUCUUUAAAUAAAAAAGAAAUUUCUUUCUUUUUUUAUUUCUAUAUAAAAUUAUUAAUAAUUUUAUCAUUAUAAUUUUGUGUAAUUGAUUAUUUUCAAAGUAAUUAAUAACUCAAUUAAAUUAACAUUAAUCAUAUACUCAUUAGUAAUUUAUUUUCUACAUGAAAAAAAUAAUGAGAAAAAAAAAAAAAUAACAUUUAGAUAUUUCGUGGCAAAACGUGGUACAGUAAGUAAAUUCAUUUUAACAGUUAUCAAAGUAAUAUUUAUAUAUAUUAUAUACUACAUACUACCUAAUCAUAAACACAUAUUUGAACAAAAAAAAAAAUACAAAAAUAUUAAUUAAACAAUGUGUGAUGAUUUAAUUUGAAAAAAAAAAGAGAUGAAUUGAAAGGGUGGCAGCCGCGGAAUCAUCACCGAUAAAAGUUUGUUGAAAAUUUUUUUAAUUAAAAUUUCAUAUAAUGUGAAAAAUAUUUAUUUAUUUAUUUUUUAUUGUAAAAUUAAACAUACACAUACUGACAUAUAAACAUAUAAAUAAUAAUUGAAUUUUGGUGUGGUAGCACUUAUUUUAUUUUUAUCGAGUUUGUUGUGAAAAUUGUAACUGUAUUUGCGGCACAAAAAUUUUUUUGCAUGCUGUACGUCUUCAUAUAGCUUUUUAUUAUAUACGAAUUUUAUUUUAAAAAUUGUGCAACAUAAUUUGAUGCAAUUUAUAAUAUACGUUGGGUAGAAAACCCAUAGGUGGGCUAUCAAGUAGAUAAUAUUAUAUUAAUAUUUAUUUUCCUAUAAUAUAAAAAAACAAUUUAUUUAUUUUUUUUUAUAAUUCCUAAAUUUAUAUUCCUCAAUGACAUUCAUUCGUUUUAUAUCGAAUUGUCAUAUAUUUUUUUCAAAUCCUAAUUAUUUUUUAUUUUUAAUCACGGCUGUCGCCCCAAGCCAUAAUAUUUAAUAUUUAAAAAAAAAUAUUACACAAUUUUACAAAACGAUAAUUUUACUAUUUAAAUAAAAUGCUGUAUAUAUUUCAAUUUUUUUUUUUUAAAUUAAAAAAUAAAUUUACCGUGUGUGAUAAGGGUACAAGGGUGAUUAUACGAAUGAAUGAUCAAUAACAUUUUUAAAUGAUACAAUGAUGUAUGUAUAUUUUAAAUCUAAAAAAAAAAUUCUUUUCUACAAAGCUAAUUAUUUAAUUUAACAAAAUAAAUUAAAGCUUUGUAAAAUGUUGAUAUAUAUGAAAAUUCGGACAGAGCUUUACAUAACUCUGGACGUAAGUAUUGUAAAACUAAAAGAAAAAAAAAAAAAAAAAAAAGAAAACUCGCUAAAUAUGAGUUGGCAAAUAUUCAUCAAUGUUUUAUUUUUUAUAUAUAUAAUUUAAAAAUGAAAAUAAAUAUAAUGUAUUGAUUGAUAUUUUGUCGUAUUUCAGGAAUGAUUGGAGCAUUACCACCAGGUGCAAUGCAUCCAGCAUUUGCAACACCAAUGGGUUUUCCUGGAGGGCCAAUGUUGGCACCAAUGAUGCAUCCACGCUUCAGAUGAUCGCCUCCAUUGGACGGGUCUAAUCAACAAUUACAUUUUGUACUGUGGGCCCGUCCAUAAAACCAAUUUUAAAUCGCGUGAGUUCAACACACACACUAUGGAUGUACAGAUUUAUAAAGAAAAAAAAAAAAGUAAUAAUAAUAACUAUAAACCAGGGCCAAUGCCAAUUAAAAAAAAAAAAAAAACAAAUCAAGUUACAACAAAGAUCAAUAAGCAUCCCAAAGAAUUCUACUACUCAUCAAAGUUCAUGGAAACUAACACGAAGUUAGCAUAAUUUUUGUUUUUCUUUUAUCUAUUAAUAUUAUAUUUAUAUAUUCAACAUUUUCACGUGAAAUUAGAUAAUAAAAUUAAAAAAAAAAAACUCUGAUAACUGUUGAUUUAUAAUAUUAUUUUUUAUUUUAAAACUUUUGUUUCUUUUCUUUUCAAUUUUUUUGUAUAUUUUAAAAUUUAAAUUUUUAAAUAUUCAAUUAGUUAGAUAAAUAAUUCAAAUCAAUUUCUUUUUCUAGAGUUUAUUGUAAAGCUAUAAUUAUUAUUAUAUAAAACUCUUUGAAAAAGAAUAAAAAAAAUUUUAUUUAUUUUUUAUUUUUUUUUCAAAUUAACUAUUAGAAUUACUAGGUGGAAAAAAAAAAAAUUCUUCUUGGCAAUUAUAAUGUAGCUAUAAUGAAAAAUACAUUUUUAAAUUUUUGAAAAUCAAAGUUUUAUUUUGUCUAAUUAAACGUAAAAUGUUUAAUAUAUUAAUAUAUUUAAUUUUAGACAAAGCAACGCCUAAGAUAAAUUUCAAAACGAAGCAUAAUAUUUAGACAUAUUUUGUUUCAAAUUAAUUUUAAAUUUAAUAAUAAACCUGUUUAUAUUUCCUUGAUAAUUAAUUUUUUUUUUAAUAUCAUUAAUAAUGAUUGGAAAUAAUAGGUAAAUUAUGGCACUUUACGCUGUUGUAAUUAUUAUUAUUUUUUGAAUAUCAAAAACUAUUGAACACCAAUUAAAUAUAAAUACUAUUAAUAAAUUUUUUAAAAUAUACACAGCGUAAAUAUAUUGCCAAUUUAAAAUUAUAGUCUGUUAUAUUUUUUAUUUUGUGAAGAGCUGAUGGCCAGGUUUGCAGAUAUGAUUUUUUAAAUUUUUUAUAUAAAAAUACUCAAUAAAAAAAUAAUAUUAUUAAUAAUAUACUCAUACGGAGAAUAAAAUUUUAAUUAAUAUAAAAAAUUAUAAAAAUCUAUUCUGCAAGCUAUUUGAUUCUUUUCAAGGAACAUUUUGGUCAUGCAUGAGUGAGUGGUAAGUACGAAGAGUGCUCACAAAAUAAUAUUAAAAAAAAUAAAAUAAACAAAAGUUUAAAAUAAUAAACAAUCGGGAUUAAUUUUUCUUAUAUA